AUGGCCGGGGCACAGGGCUGCGGCGAGGGGAAGAUCGCGGGGCUGUACGACCUGGAGCGCACGCUGGGCAAGGGCCACUUUGCGGUGGUGAAGCUGGCACGGCACGUCUUCACCGGGCAGCGGGUGGCCGUCAAGGUGAUUGACAAGAGCAAGCUGGCAGGGGAGGCAGCGGGGCAGCUCCUGCAAGAGGUACGCUGCAUGAAGCUGGUCCAGCACCCCAAUGUGGUGCGCCUUUACGAGGUCAUCGACACCCACGCCAAGCUCUACCUCAUCCUGGAGCUGGGCGACGGCGGGGACAUGUUCGACCACAUCAUGCGACACGAGGGCGGGCUGGCUGAAGCGCGGGCCAAACACUACUUCGCCCAGAUCGUCCACGCCAUCUCUUACUGCCACAAGCUCCAUGUGGUGCACCGCGACCUCAAGCCCGAGAACGUGGUCUUCUUCCAGGAGCAGGGGGUGGUCAAGCUCACCGACUUCGGCUUCAGCAACCGCUUCCAACCCGGCAAGAUGCUCACCACCAGCUGCGGCUCGCCGGGCCACCUCGCGCCC